UGUGACUUGACGCCGGUGUCCCAGCCAGAGUAACGGGCAGCCGUCUCCUCCGGUCCAUCAAUUGUCUCGGUUUGUUGACGUUUGCAGGAGUACAGCAGUAGCUAGUAACCAGAAACAGGGGUCUGUCUGUGGUUUCAGGCGAGUCGUGUGAAGCUAGCGAGCUAGCUAGCUUAAAUGGGUUUUCGAGUUAAAAGAUGAUCGCCUCACUUUCUAGAGGAAGUUUGCUGGAUGAGGUUCUUCAUGGAGGCUUUAAUGAGCAGCAGCUGGCUGCAUAUGUUUCCUGGGUGAACUCUCAGCUGAAGAGGAAACCAGGCCUGAAGCCAAUCACAGACCUCAGACAUGAUCUGCAGGAUGGGGUGGUGCUCACACAACUAAUAGAGAUAGUUGCCGGGGAAGUGUUAGAGGGAGUGUGUGGUGCGCCACAAAACAAAGAAGAAAGCCGGAGGAAUGUGGAGCAAGUCUUACAGUUCAUUUCCUCCAGACACAUACGCAUGACACACAUAUCUGCAAGAGACAUUGUCGAUGGUAAUCUGAAGGCUGUAAUGAGGAUAAUUCUGGCACUGGCUGCCCACUUCAAACCCUCAGCCAGUAACAGGGCUGCCUCUGGAAGUGGGAGGGGUUUGACAAGAGGCUCCGUCAGCCACAAUCCUCUCUCCACAGUUGCACUAGCACAAGGUGCCGCUGACACACUGGCAUCAGCACGACUUGAUGCCUCACAGCCUGCACGUGCCCCACAUCUCCACAGUGGCUGGGGGCUGGAUGUGGAAAAGAGUGUGUGUGUUCGUGCGCUGGUUGAGCAGUAUGAAAGAGGAUCUCCGGAUGAGCAGGGCAAUCCUCAGCCUAGCAGCCUCAGCUCCACCAGUCCGCUGUCAUCUCCAAGACCGCCACCCAGCAGCCUCUCAGACCAACAACAGGAGAUCAGCGCUGAGUCAUGUCGUGUUGUAGUGGAGACGGCGUGGGAGGAUUCUCUCAGUGAAACUUUGGAGACGGAGGUGCAGGAGACACGUAAAAUGGUGUCUGCCUUACAGGCCCUGCUACUGCAUGGUUCGCUGCCUGAGGAUGAGCAGGAUUUGUCUUUGAGUUUGGACCAAGGCAGCGCUGAACAGCAACUGGUAGUUAUUCGCAGUCGUUUGGAUCAGAGUAUGGAGGAGGCUCAGGAGCUUAAGAGGGAACUGUUGCGCUGUAAGCAGGAGAUGAGAAACCUGCAGGCAGUCAAGGACGCCCAGCAGCAGAGGCUAUGCACUCAGGAGGCAUCAAUACUGCAGAUGAAGCAAGAGCUCCUCAGAGCCAGCAUGACGAAGGACGAAGUCAACAACCAGAAUGCUGAGCUACAGUGGAAGCUGGAGGAAUCUAACAGGAUGUGGGGCGAAUGCAAGAAGGAGAUCGGACAGAAGGACAGACUAGUGCAGCAACUCAAACACAAGCUCGAAGAAAGCCAAAAAAAGCAGAGUGAAUUGCAAAGAGAAUUGGAGCAUAAAAACAACAUGCAGAUCCCCGCCAGCACAGAAAACAAUGGAUAUUCUUACUCUGGAAAUCCAGCUCCCUCUAUGUCCGGCCAGGCAGAAGAGGUACAGCUGCUCAGAGAUGCACUUAGGAGUUUGAGGAACAACUUCAGAGACCAUGACCCGCAGCACCAUACGCUGGACACCCUGGAGCAGGGCAUAGCAUCGCUCAUAGACAGGCUGCAUGCUCUGCAUACACACAAGGGAAGGGGAAAAUCUCCAAUACGCAAAGGUCAACACACAGACUCUGACUCCUGGCCUAGCACAAAGGUUAUUCAGUCGCACAGUGGUUCUUCUGCCUCCACUAAAAUCCUUUACUUUACUGGAAAAUCCCCAACACCUUCCAUGAUUAAUAUACCGAAGAGGUUGGGUGAGGUGACUCUCAAGGAUGUCAAGGCAGCUGUGGAUAGAGAGGGAAAUUACAGGUACCACUUCAAGGCCCUGGACCCUGAGUUUGGCACCGUGAAAGAAGAGGUGUUCCUGGAUGGAGCAAUCAUUCCAGGCUGGGAAGGAAAAAUAGUGGCCUGGGUAGAAGAGGACCGUGGUGAGGAAAGGCCAUUGUAGGUUCAAGCUGAGGGGACAUGACACUUUUUUUGGCUCCUGGUCACUCUGAUCCCAGAGGCGCAUCAAGACAACUGUUCAGAACAGAGGCACAUGUGGACACUUUGUGAGAUUCAAACUAUUAGUGAAAUACUGUAAGACUUGUCAGCAGGAGAUUUGGGUUGAUCAGCUGGUAUUAAAUCACCUACUCGCUCUGGAAACAGUGGAUGUGACGUCUAGAGUGCCUUACAAAGGAAAGCUGUUUCCAUCACAUGGUUUAUAUUGUCAUGCUGAAACUGUAGGAUCAAAACUUGACUCAAAAGUAGACAGAAACAUUGUUUUGAGUGAACUGUUUCUAAAACCACAGUAGUGUUGUUGUUUCACUUGUAGUUGAGGUCAGCGGUGUGUAUAGAAGUACUGGAAAAAUGCAUUUUUUGUCAGUGUUCAGUAUCACAUUUCAUUCCUUGUGCAGCGAUGUUGUCUUUAAAACAAAUACCACCAGAUUACAUGUUAGAAAUGUGCAUUGCCUUUUGUUCUUUAGCACAGGUCUUAAUUCAUUUGUGAAUGUAAAGUACAUAUACAGUGUUAUCUACCAUAGCAAGUAAUAGGAAAAAAAAUUUAUAAUACAAUUGUCAAACAAAAGACAGAAAAAGUCAGCAAACAUUGUACAAGAUUGAUUUUGUUUUAGGUUUGUCUACAUUCUGACCUACUGCUGACAAAUAUACUGAGCAGAUACCAGUUUCCAUAGCUGUUACUAUGUUUUAUAUUAUUUACAUAUAACAGAUGUCAAUCUAUUGCAAAAAGAAAAAAGUAUCGGCUGAAUGUAUAUCAGAUCAAUCAGUUUCACUAAAGUGGACCCAAAUCAGAUGUGGGGUUAAGCGUCAGUCGGUAGCACACCAGCAUGCAUGUAGAGGUGGCACUGACUCUUUGACGUUCAUGUGGAAAUGCAGAUGAAGAGCACUGUUGUUUUGUUUGCUUUUAUGAAAUUGUUUUGUAUAUUUGUGUAAACGAUGUUCACUGUAUUUUUGAAUUUCUGUGUCUUAUUCUGUGUCUUAUUUCUCUGCUCCUGUUAAAAAAGAUGAUGUGGAUGUAAAUUUGACGUCAGAGAUUUAUAGACUCUUUUUGUCCUGGAACAAUGGACCAUCCCACUAUUUAUGGUGUGUGUGUGUGUGUGUGUGUGUGUGUGUGUGUGUGUGUGUGUGUGUGUGUGUGUCAUCAGGAUGGACGUUGUAAAUGCCAGAAGAACAACAGUUAGGGUUGGUCUACUUGAUGCAGUAAAACGCUCUUCAGACUCCUGAGGUCUGCACUGUUCUGGCGAUCACACACGUUUUGCUUCACUCUGCUUCUAUAUUCCCAUUUGGGAUCAAUGUGUUUGCCUUCACUAACAAGCCAACAGUCAUGAGUCUACUUUUAACUUUAACUGCGGCCCAUUUGAAUGCCAUAACUGCCUGUACUGUAUAAUGUACAAUUUGCUGGUGAGAUGGUUAUUUAGAAUUUGUUUUGUUUACUGAAAGCUCUACAAAAUAUGGAUACUGUCUGUUUAAGAAAAUAAAAAUGUCUGUUGACUUUGUUGAAUGUCAGAAAGACAUAUUUUGAAAUAAAAUUUU